UUUUUCCAUAUUGGACAUGUGAUAUUUUAUAUGGAAAAUAAAUGAUCCCACAACAGUUGUAGCCCUUUCUCCCUUUUCAAUUCCCAUAUUUCCCUCCCCUUCCCCCCAACCCAGCACAGGUGCUCUUAAAUUCCACUCUGCCAGUGGUAGCAGAAAUCUUACCAAGUGUUUUACUGUCCUUACAGUGAAGCCCUUCUGAUCUCUUUCAGCAACCAGAAGUGGCAGAAACAGAUCCUGCUGACCUCCCAAAAUAUCCGAACUAACCAAAUACCAGAAUUUUUGUGUGCUCUCCCUUUUGACACAAACAAAUUAUAUUCCAUCAUGGCAACAGACUCUAUGGAGAUCGAUGAUGCUUUAUACAGCUAAGAACAUAGUUCUAGCUGGAAUAAAGGCUCUUACAGUUCAUGAUACCAAGCAGUGCAAGACAUGGGAUUUGGGGACCAACUUCUUCAUCUGUGAAGAUGAUGUUAUAAAUCUAAGGAACAGAGCUGAGGCCACACUUCCUCACAUCGCAGAGCUCAACCCAUACGUCCAUGUUUUAUCAUCGACUGCACCACUUGAUGAAACCACAGACGUCUCCUUUCUAAAAAAGUAUCAGUGUGUCAUAUUGACUGAAACGAGGCUAUCACUGCAGAAGAAGAUUAAUGAUUUUUGCCAUGCUCAACACCCCCCUAUUAAGUUUAUCAGUGCAGAUGUGUAUGGAAUAUGGUCACAUUUGUUUUGUGACUUUGGUGAUGAAUUUGAAGUGCUGGAUACUACAGGAGAGGAACCAAAAGAAAUCUUCAUUUCAAACAUAACACAAUCAAACCCUGGGAUUGUCACUUGCCUUGAAAAUCAUCCUCACAAGCUGGAAACGGGACAGUGCUUAACCUUUCGGGAAGUUAAUGGAAUGUCUUGUUUAAACGGAUCGAUGCAACAAAUAACGGUGGUGUCACCUUAUUCUUUCAGCAUUGGUGAUACUUCAGAUAUGGAGCCUUACUUACAUGGAGGCAUAGCUGUCCAAGUAAAGACACCCAAAAUAUUUUGCUUUGAACGGUUGGAGAAGCAGUUAAAAAACCCAACUUACCUUCUUGCCGAUUUCAGCAAACCUGAGGCACCUUUGCAAAUUCACACUGCCAUGCUUGCAUUGAACCAGUUCCAGGAAAACUUUGGUCGCAUGCCGAACAUUGGAUGCCUUCAGGAUGCUGAGGAGAUGUUGAAAAUAGCAGUAUCCAUAAGUGAAACACUGGAAAGCAAACCUCAGGUGAAUGAAGACAUAGUGAAAUGGCUCUCUAGGACUGCUCAGGGAUUUCUAGCUCCCCUUGCUGCAGCAGUAGGUGGUGUUGCUAGCCAAGAAGUCUUGAAAGCAGUAACGGGAAAAUUUUCUCCUUUGCAGCAGUGGCUGUAUAUUGAUGCAUUGGAUAUUGCUGUAUCUCUAGACAAGACCAGUUGUGAAGAAUUCCUCCCAAGGGGAGAUAAAUAUGAUGCCUUGAGAGUUUGCAUUGGAGAGUCUCUGUGCCAAAAGCUGCACAAGUUGAAUGUUUUCCUGGUUGGGUGUGGAGCAAUAGGCUGUGAAAUGUUAAAAAAUUUUGCACUUCUUGGUGUUGGUAGUGGCCGAGACAAAGGCAUGGUCACAAUUACAGAUCCAGACUUGAUAGAGAAAUCCAACUUGAACAGGCAGUUUCUUUUUCGACCCCAUCAUAUACAGAAACCUAAAAGCUAUACUGCAGCAGCAGCAACCCUGAACAUCAAUCCUCAGUUAAAGAUAGAGCCGUAUCUUAAUAAAGUGUGUCCAGCCACUGAGAACAUUUACAAUGAUGAAUUCUACACCAAGCAAGACAUCAUUGUUACAGCUCUAGACAAUGUGGAGGCAAGGCGAUAUAUAGACAGUCGUUGUGUAGCAAACCUGCGUCCUCUCUUAGACUCGGGAACAAUGGGAACUAAAGGACACACAGAAACUAUUGUGCCUCAUCUGACAGAGUCCUAUAACAGCCACCGAGAUCCACCAGAAGAAGAAAUACCCUUUUGCACUUUAAAAUCUUUCCCAGCUGCCAUUGAGCACACAAUACAGUGGGCAAGGGAUAAGUUUGAAAGUGCGUUUUCUCACAAGCCUUCAUUGUUUAACAAAUUUUGGCAAACCUACCCAUCCGGAGAAGAGGUCUUGCAGAGAAUAAAGUCAGGAGAGAGUUUAGAAGGCUGUUUUCAGGCUAUCAAAUCACUCAGUAGAAGACCCCGAAAUUGGUUUCAGUGUGUGGAACUUGCAAGAAUAAAAUUUGAGAAGUAUUUUAAACAUAAGGCUCUUCAACUACUUCAUUCUUUUCCCCUUGAUACACGGUUAAAAGAUGGAAGUUUGUUUUGGCAGUCACCAAAGAGGCCACCUUCUCCAAUAAAGUUUGAAUUCAAUGAUCCUUUACACUACAGUUUCAUAGUGAGUGGUGCAAAACUCUUUGCAAGAGUAUACUGUGUCCCUGUCACAGAAAAGGAUUUGUCAGAAGAAACUAUUUUGAAGAUAAUUUCGGGAGUAAAUAUACAAGAGUUCAGACCUUCAAAUAAAGUUGUGCAGACAGAUGAAACUGCAAGGAAACCAGACCAUAUUCCAGUAAGCAGUGAGGAUGAGAGGAAUGCUAUUUUCCAGCUGGAAAAAGCCAUAUUAUCCAAUGAAGCUCUGAAAAAUGACUUGCAAAUGAAGAUGCUCUCCUUUGAAAAAGAUGAUGAUGCUAACGGGCAUAUAGACUUCAUAACAGCAGCAUCUAAUCUGCGAGCCAAGAUGUACAACAUUGAACCAGCAGAUCGGCUCAAAACAAAGCGCAUCGCUGGAAAGAUUAUUCCUGCUAUUGCAACGGCUACUGCUGCAGUGUCUGGCUUGGUUGCCCUGGAACUGAUCAAAGUUGUGGGCGAACAUCCAUUUGAAGCAUAUAAGAAUUGUUUUUUAAAUCUAGCCAUUCCAAUAAUAGUGUUCACAGAAGCUGCUGAAGUAAGAAAAACAGAAAUAAGAAAUGGAAUCUCGUUUACAAUCUGGGACAGGUGGACUAUUUAUGGGAAAGAAGAUUUCACUCUGCUGGACUUCAUAAAUGCUGUCAGAGAGAAAUACGGAAUAGAGCCAACAAUGGUUGUACAGGGCGUCAAAAUGCUGUAUGUUCCUGUGAUGCCUGGUCACAUCAAAAGAUUAAAGCUGACGAUGCAAAAGCUAGUGAAACCAUCAGCUGAUAAAAAAUAUGUGGAUCUCACAGUAUCGUUUGCUCCAGAAACAGAUGGAGAUGAAGACUUGCCAGGGCCACCAGUGAGAUACUACUUCAUCCAUGAAGACAAUUGAUGGUAGUGCUACUAAAGUUGCUGUAGGACCAUUUGCUUUGAAGGGAGUGUGCUGAUUUCGGCUUAAAACAAGUAAUACAUAUUUCUUUGGCGAAGCCUUAAUUAAAACAGGAACAGUUGAAGUCAGUGAAUUGCACUGAAGAGGUCUGUCAAACUGGAUUUACUGUUCACCUGUCCCUAUUCUCUGCAUACAUCUGUCGGCUCAUAAAGAGGAUUGGAGGUUUGCUGAAAUGGAAUGUCAUGUAUAAUGCGUACCACAAAGAAGAGAUUUAUAUUAAUUUAUGGGGGAGGGGGGAAAUGGCAAACUUAGCAUCUUAUUUCAAUAUGCCAGAUAAACGUUAAAUGGAGGGAGAGAGCAAAAAUUGUGGAAAUUGUUUUAUAACAUGGUGGUCAUUAAUGUUUUAUAAUCCAUUUCUUAUGACUCUUCUAAAAUUGAGGUGCCAACCACAUAAUCUGAGCACUAGGCCAAAUUCAUCCCAAGUGUAAUUCCAUUAAAAAAGCAAAUGAAUUUGCCUCA